AUGACGCGUCCAGAAAACACAGGAAGUGAAUACUACGGGAGCCGCGGUGGCUCAGAAAGGCGCCGCCGGGGCUGGCACGCAUGAAUGGGAGCGGAGCUGGGGCGCGCCGGCCCAGGGGACCCGCCUUCAGCGAGGGCGCUGCCAUAGCAUGGAGGACGACGCGCCCGUGAUCUACGGCCUGGAGUUCCAGGCGCGGGCUCUCACGCCUCAGACCGCGGAGACAGACGCCAUUCGGUUUUUGGUUGGGACGCAGUCUCUCAAGUAUGAUAAUCAGAUCCACGUCAUAGACUUUGACGACGAGAACAACAUUAUCAAUAAAAAUGUGCUCCUGCAUCAGGCGGGGGAGAUCUGGCACAUUAGUGCCAGCCCCGCAGACAAAGGCGUGCUGGCCACCUGCUACAACAAGACCGCAGACAGCAAAGUGGUGACCUGCGCCGCUGUGUGGAGGAUGCCCGCGGAGCUGGAGCCCGGCGGCCAGGAGUCCCCCGAGGAUGCGACGAGCCCUGCACACGCCCUGGAGCUGCUCUGUCACUUGGAGCCCGCGGCCCGCGGCAGCACCGCCUGCGUCGCCUGGGAGCCCGCGGGAGACGGGAAGAGGGUCAUCUCGCUGGCCGACAACCACAUCCUGCUGUGGGACCUGCAGGAAAGCUCCAGCCAGGCCACGCUGGCCAGCUCAGCGUCGCUGGAAGGGAAAGGACAGCUGAAGUUCACGACGGGCCGCUGGAGCCCACAUCACAACUGCUCCCAGGUGGCCACGGCGAACGACACGGCCAUCCGCGGGUGGGACACGCGGACCAUGAGGCAGACCUACUGCAUCGAGAGCGCCCACGGCCAGCUGGUGCGGGACCUGGACUUCAACCCCAAUAAGCAGUACUGCCUGGCCAGCUGCGGGGACGACUGCAAGGUGAGGUUCUGGGACACCCGCAACGUCGCCGAGCCCGUCAGGACCCUGGAGGAGCACUCCCACUGGGUGUGGAACGUCCGCUACAACCACUCGCACGACCAGCUGGUCCUCACGGGCAGCAGCGACAGUAGGGUCAUCCUUUCCAACAUGGUGUCCAUCUCCUCCGAGCCCUUUGGCCACCUGGUGGACGACGAUGACCUGAGUGACCAGGAGGAACGCCGUCUGGAGGAGAAGAGCCAGGAGCCCCCGCAGGACAGCGUCAUCGCCACCUACGAGGAGCACGAAGACAGCGUGUACGCCGUGGACUGGUCCUCAGCCGACCCCUGGCUCUUCGCCUCCCUCAGCUACGACGGGCGGCUCGUCAUCAACCGCGUGCCCCGGGCGCUUAAGUACCACAUCCUGCUGUGAGCGCCGGGCUGCCUCGGGCCCGGCCGCGGCGUGUGGGGCCCAGGCUUUCCAGGCAGAGCCCCGUCGGACUCGGGCGCCCGUGAACAGUGACAGCGCCUCUGCCCGCCGACCUCUGCGCCCUUUGCGUCUCUGCCCGGGAGACGGACACGUGCCCAGGCCGAGCGGGGCGCGCUCCCUCCUCCCGCUCUGAGAGGCGUUGGGCGUUUCCCUGUGAUUUGUUUCCUUGACGUCGACGCCGUCUUCUCGCGAGAUUAAAUGGAAUAAAAGCAGCGCGGCGGCUGCGGGCGUCC